AUGGCUGUGGCCUCGGCUGCCCCAGGGAGCAUCUUCUGUAAGCAGCUCCUUUUUUCUCUCCUGGUUUUAAUAUUGUUUUGCGAUGCUUGUCAGAAAAUUUCUCUGCAAGUUCCUUCUCAUCUUCAGGCUGAAAAACUUGUAGGCAAAGUGAAUCUGAAGGAGUGUCUCCAGUCAACCAGCCUAAUCCUGUCAAGUGAUCCUGACUUCAGAAUUCUAGAAGAUGGCUCAAUUUACACAACACAUGACCUUGUUUUGUCUUCCGAAAGGAAGAGUUUCUCCAUUUUUCUUUCAGACAGUCAGAGGCAAGAAGAGAAAGAGAUAAAAAUUGUACUGGAAGCAAGAGGAAAGAAGCGUCCUAAGAAGAGACAUACCAAUGACUCAGUCCUCAAACGCAGUAAGAGACGAUGGGCUCCUAUUCCAUGUUCACUGAUGGAGAACUCAUUAGGUCCAUUUCCACAACAUGUCCAAUCUGAUACUGCACAGAACUAUACCAUUUUUUACUCCAUAAGUGGACCAGGAGUGGACAAAGAGCCCUUCAAUUUGUUUUUCAUAAAUAGAGACACUGGAGAUAUCUUUUGUACACGAAGCAUAGAUCGUGAGCAAUAUGACCAGUUUCCGCUAUAUGCCUAUGCAACAACCGCAGAUGGUUAUGCACCAGAGUACCCACUCCCCUUAUUAUUCAAAGUUGAAGAUGAUAAUGAUAAUGCCCCAUAUUUUGAAAACAAAGUGACUAUCUUUACUGUGCCUGAAAAUUGCCGAUCCGGCACUUCAGUGGGAAAAGUGUCUGCCAUAGACCUUGAUGAACCAGACACACUACAUACUCGUCUGAAAUAUAAAAUCUUACAGCAAAUCCCAGAUCAUCCAAAGCAUUUCUCCAUCCAUCCAGACACAGGUGUCAUCACCACAACUUCAUCUUUACUGGAUAGAGAAAAAUGUGAUACCUACCAGUUAAUAAUGGAAGUACGAGACAUGGGGGGCCAACAUUUUGGUUUAUUUAAUACAGGAACAAUUACUAUUUCUCUCGAAGAUGAAAAUGACAAUGCACCAUAUUUUACAGAAACUUCUUAUUCUACAGAAGUAGAAGAAAACAGAAUUGAUGUUGAGAUUUUACGAAUGGCAAUACAUGACCAGGAUCUGCCAAACACUCCGCACUCAAAGGCUGUCUACAUGAUCCUACAGGGGAAUGAAAACGGAAACUUCAAAAUUAGCACAGACCCAAAUACAAACGAAGCGGUCUUGUGUGUUGUAAAGCCAUUGAACUAUGAAGCCCAUCAACAAAUUGUUUUGAAAAUUGGUGUAGUUAACGAAGCACAAUUUGCCAAAGCAUCAAAUUCACAAAGUCCUACUAUGUGCACUACAACUGUCACUGUUAAAAUUAAAGAUCAUGAUGAAGGCCCUGAAUGCCAACCACCAGUAAAAGUUAUUCAGAGUAAAGAUGGCCUCCCAGCUGGCAAAGAACUCCUUGGAUACAAAGCAUUGGAUCCAGAAACACGCAGCGGUGAAGGUUUAAGGUAUAAGAAGAUAAGAGACGAAGAUAACUGGUUUGAAAUUAAUGAACACACUGGUGACUUGAAAACUGUAAAAGUGCUAGAUAGAGAAUCAAAAUUUGUAAAAGACAACCAAUACAAUGUCUCUGUGGUUGCAACCGAUGCAGGUGGCAGAUCUUGCACUGGAACAUUAGUUGUUUUUCUGGAAGAUGAUAAUGAUCACCCACCACAAAUUGAAAAAGAAGUGACGAUUUGUCAGCAUGCUCAGGAUUUUGCUCUUCUCAAUCCUGUGGAUCCGGAUGGACCUGAGAAUGGUCCACCUUUUGAAUUUGCUUUGGAUAAUUCUGCCAGUCGACGUUUUACUCUAGAAACAAAGGAUGGUAAAACCGCUGUUCUUCGUGCACGGCAACCUCUUGAUUUUGACUAUUAUAAUGUGCCUAUUGAAAUAAAAGAUAGACAUGGUUUUGCUGCAAAACACAUGUUGUCAGUGAGAGUAUGUGACUGUAUAACUCCAUCUGACUGUAGAAUGAGUACAAAGCCACGUGAGAGUGAUGUUAUGCUAUCAAAUGUAAUACUUGGAAGAUGGGCUAUUCUUGCCAUGGUGUUGGGUUCUGCAUUGUUGUUAUGCAUUCUGUUUACAUGUUUCUGUGUUACUGCUAAGAAAGCUGUAAAGAAAUGUAUACCAGAUGAUGUAGCCCAGCAAAAUUUAAUUGUAUCAAAUACUGAAGGACCUGGAGAAGAAGUAAUGGAAGCAAAUAUUAGACUCCCGACACAGAUAUCCAACAUUUGUGACACAAGCAUGUCUGUCGGUACUCUUGGUGGCCAAGGAGUCAAAACACAGCAAAGCUUUGAGAUGGUCAAAGGAGGCUACACUUUGGAUUCCAGCAAAGGAAAUGGACAUCAGACCUUAGAAUCUGUCAAGGGAGCAGGACAGGGAGGAACAGAUACCGGCAGAUACGCAUACACUGACUGGCACAGCUUCACCCAGCCUCGGCUUGGCGAAAAGGUGUAUCUGUGUGGACAAGAUGAGGAGCAUAAACAUUCCGAAGACAACGUUCGUUCGUACAACUAUGAAGGAAAAGGGUCCAUGGCUGGCUCUGUAGGCUGCUGCAGUGAUCGGCAGGAAGAAGAAGGGCUUGAGUUUCUAGAUCAUCUGGAACCCAAAUUUAGGACGCUAGCAAAAACAUGUGUAAAGAAAUAA